AUGAGUACUCGUUGUUUCGAACCUAAUUUCAAUGAAGACUUAUAUCUGAGAUCCUAUCUGAGUUUAUAUCAAGCACUGGGAAAAUUAGGAGAAGAUUGGGCCCCGGACAUCACCCUAGAAGAGUAUAAAAAGGGAUACACUUUAUGGGGCUGGGAUUUCACUAAAGAUCAAGAAGCGCAAUCGGAUAAAUUCCACAUCAUAGAAACCGGAAAUCUGAGAGUAGAAGUUCAAUUUACUAACAAUACGGUGAACGCCUUAAAUUGUGUGGUAUAUGCAGAAUUCGAUAAUCUGUUAGAAAUCAAUAAACAGAGAGAAGUCAGUAUUGAUUACUAA